GCAGUUGUUAGCUGCCUUAUGUGGGUACUGGGAGCCAGAUGUGGGUUCUCUGAGAGAUCGGUAUGAACCUGUAGCCAUUUCUCAAGCUCUUAGUGGUUUUACUAUUUUUUUUUUUUUUUUGAAACAGGCUCUCACUAAAUUGUUUAGCUUUAAACUCACUCUGUAGCCAAAAUAGCCACUAAACGUGUGAGCUUCCUAUCAUACCUUUAGCUAGGGUUGCAAACCUGUGCCUCCAGGCCCAGCCUCAGGAAGUUUUGUUUAGUCCCUAUUUUCAUCAGAGACCUAUGUCCACUGCUGGAACUGAAGACAUACAACAAGUCCAUUGUAGCAGAAUGCUAACACGGACAUUUCUUUGUUGUUUGAGACAUGAAGUCUAUGCAACCGAGGAUGGCCUGAUCUUCCUGCUUUCGAAUCUUAGGUUCAGAGAUCACAGGCAGGUGUGCAGAUACCCUGCAACCUGAAAUUACUAAAUGGUGGAGGUCUGCUUAGUUCCCAUCACACACACACACACACACACACACACACACACACACACACACACACCAUAUCAUCUACAGAGACAGAAUAUACAUACACGGCGUCUUGUUGCUUCAAGAAAACUACUCCAGCGCAGUAAUUAAUCCACAUUGGAGUCUAGUUUUCCUUGGCUACUCUUUGGUACCAAGCUGUGGCAAGAUUACUACAACUGGAAAGUAGGUCACCGUCUACGUAUCCCGAGUUGGUUUCACACAAUGGACCGUUGUUUGCGAGCUCUUUCUCUGACGACAUAUAUCUCCUGCAGCCAUUGGUUAAAGCCAGCUUAUGUGUUGUCUGUACAGGCCCGGACAAUCAUCUAUAACGGCACGGCACGUUGAAAACUCUUCCACGCCAGCCCCAGCCAAUGUGAAGAUGCUGUAGAAAGUUAGACCACCAGAUUACGUCAGUCUCUUAAGGAGGUUUUCCUUGUUCGGGGUUAUAUGCAAGCAGGAGUGAGCUGAGCAGUUAGAGCUACCUUUAUUGUCUGGCCUCAUUUUCUGCUUCUUUGGCAACAAGCACAUUUUUGUUAAAUACUUUUAAACCACUAUAACGCCAGAGUACUGUGCUAAGUGUUUAGAGAUGUCAUUUUAACAACUGCGACAGCCGGCACUGCUUUAAUCAUUAUUAUCCAUACUCAUAAACAAAUCAAGACUUGUAAAACCCUGCACUUGGAGGGUAGAGGCAGGAAGACCAGGACUUAAAAGUUCAUACUCAGAUAGAUACAUAUAGAGUUGGAGGCCAGACUGGUGUGAACCUGUCUCAAAGUAGCAACAAAACAAAACAAAACAAAAUAAACAACCAUAGCAACAACAACCCAGUACAUCCCAGAAAAUGCCAAAUGCCUUACAGAGUUAGCUAAAGAACUGCCAGUGGUGAUUGAGCCCUUCUCGUUCUCCUGUUUCUUGUGGAAAUAGAUUCUCCUAAUUAUGCCCAAAUUAGGAUGUUCUGUGAACUUUGACCAAGAAGGUGUCCUUAGACGGAAUGUGGUGGUGUACCCCUGUAACACCUGCACUUUGGAGAUAGAGGAUCAGGAGUUGAAGGUCAUUCUUGCAAACACAAAGAAUUCCAAGCUGGCGAGGCCUUCAGAUACCGUCUGAAAACAAACAAACAAACAAGCAAACAAACAAAGCAGCGAUUGCUGCUUGCUGUGGUUGUUUGUGAAGCGAGGGGACAAGAAGAUUGUGACCCGGUGUGGAGCGGGAGUACACCUGGGUGAGUGACCUCCCCAUCGGCACCUGUGCGUUUGUUCUUCAGGGCCUCCCCGCGGCUGAGCAGCGAACUUUCAGGCUCUUGGUGACCCCAAGAGUCGACCCUCCCCCUCUAGUGGCUCUCAGUGUCCUGAGUACUGAGGAUCUGGCGUCUGAGCUCGCAGGUCCCGGCUGGGGCGGUCAGGCUGGAUGUUGCCUGGGAAGCAGCUCCGGGUUGCAGGGCAGGGACGCGCCCUUCCCCCGUGCAAACUUUCAGUCGCUGCGACGGAAGCAGGAACUUAGUCACGACAAAAUCUGCGGGACUUGUGCGGGAGCUGCGGAGCAUCCCCUGCGAUCCUCCCCAGAGCCUUGGGCUGUUUCGUCGGUUCUUUGCAAAAGCGACUUAAGUUGUCCUUGAGUCCGAGCGCCACAGGAGGCCACAGGGGUCUCUCCCUUGCAGAGUAAAAGCAAUCUGUAAAUCUUCCUGAAGUAAACUGAGACCAGAAGGGCCAUCCUUGACCAGAAAGGCCCAUCCUUGGUCUUUUAAAGAGAGACCAAGAUGAAACAACAGUUCAGAAUGCUCUUCAAGAGAGAGAACUUGCCUUACACAUUGGUGGUAAUUUUCGUCCUGACACUAAGGCUGUCUGCUGGUCAGAACUGCCUCACCAAGAGUCUAGAGGAUGUUGUCAUUGAUAUCCAGUCUUCGCUUUCGAAAGGCAUCAGAGGCAAUGAGCCCAUACACACGGCAACUCAGGAAGACUGCAUUGGUGCCUGCUGUUCAACACAAGACAUAGCAGGGGACAAGUCAUGUAAUUUGAUGAUCUUCGACACCCGGAAGACGGACAGACAGCCCAACUGCUACCUGUUUUUCUGUCCCAGUGAGGAUGCCUGUCCGCUGAAGCCGGCCAAGGGCCUUGUGAGCCACAGGCUCACCAGAGAUUUUCCACUGACCAGAGCUAAUUCAUCACUCCAAAAGUUAACACAAGAAGAGUCUCUCUUACUGGGCCAUACCUCACCAGGAGUCACCCCUGGGGUCCCUCCCCCAGCAGGUUACCCAAAGCCCACCAGCCUGUCUUGGAGAGACAUAUCUUCUCCGAAGUCCACAGCCUCCCCUCAUUUGCAGAAACACACCAAGGUUGAUGAAGCAAGCACGCAGCUCCCUUUCUAUGAAGGAAAAGGCCAUUCCCAGAGUUUACAGCUUCCCUCUGAACUAAACAUGGCUCAUCUGCUCCCCAAAACGGUGAUGGCUCCAUCUACCGCUGACGUCUCUGCCACCCUGAAGCCUGCACUUUUGUUGGCCAGCGUUUCAGUGACACCUAAGGCUUCGUGGCAGAAGGAGGCCACCACAGCUCCACUUGUAACCACUGUGACCUCGAAGCCCCCAGCAGCCCCCGUGUCUACAAGUUUUACACCCAUGGGUACACACCAGGGAGCGUUGACUACCGUCUUUCCAGCACAUACAGAUUCGAAAGGCAUCUUGGAAACAGUGCCCUUUCGAGGAGGCUCUACGCUAGCUUCAGACACAAAGCACGAGAAGAGCUAUGUGGUCGUUUCUUUGUCACCCUCAGAGUCUUCCGUUACAAACAAGACUGCUUCCUGGGAGAACCGGAGGGGCGGUGUAGACAGCGCAUCACUGAACAAGGGUCCAGAAAGCCAGGAUGGCCUUUCAUUUGGGAAGUGGCUUCUCAUUGGGACCCUCCUCUUCGGUGUUUUGUUUCUGGUAAUAGGCCUGGUCCUCUUGGGUAGGAUUCUGGUCGAAUCCCUCCGUAGGAAACGUUAUUCAAGACUUGACUACUUGAUCAAUGGGAUCUAUGUUGACCUCUAAAGACAAAUUAGGUAUCUCUUAGUUCACGUAAGAGCUCAAUGGCAAAUGCACCUGUGUUCCUUUUGCCCAGCCUAUCUUAAAGAAUAACCCCUUCCUCCUCCUCCCCUCCUGCCUGUCCCCUCUUCCCUCUCCCCCUCCCCUUCCCCUCCCCCUCCCCCUCCUCCUCCUCCUCCCCCUCCUCCUUCUCCUCUCCUUCCUCUUGUUCUUCCUUCUUUUUUUUUUUUUUUUUUUUCCCUUUUUGAAACAGGCUCAGGUAGCCCAGGCUGGUUUUGAACUCCUGAUCUUCCAGCCUCUGCCUUCUGAGUUCAGGUGUUGCAAAUUUCACUACCAUGUCUGGAUUUUUAAUUAAAAAAAAAAAAAAAAAACUUUUUAAAUUUUUUUGUUUUUUGCAAUACUACAAGUCGGGGCCUUCUGCAUGCUAGGCAAACUGUCUCCUCCUGAGCCACACCCUCAGUCCAACCACUUUCUGUUUGUUUGUUUGUUUGGCCCCCUUUUUUAAGAGGAAGAGAGAAGGGACUAAGUUACUGAGUGAUCUGUCUGUAGAAUAGUAGCUGAAAAUAGUUCCUAAAAUAUUAAGUGUACUUGAAUAUAAACUAGAAACGUGUAUCUGGCUUGAGAAGACAAAUCGUAGGUUUAGGACAUCUGAGAUAUGAUUCAUCACUAUUUCCCAUUCCAGAUAAUGGCAACUGGUUUGGAGACUAGUUUUAAUGGAUCCUCUUUUCAGUUUUUUUUUUUUUUUUUAUAUGAAUUCCAAUAAAACUCGUUCCAGAUGUAUCUCCCUCCAAUUAAAUAUUUGAAUAAAUCUCUUGUUCCUCGG